AUGGGACGGACCACCUUAACGCAGAACUGCUUCCGGGGUGCACGAGAGGUUGUUGCAGUCGCCAUGUUGCUGAAUGAAAUUAGCUCCAAAACAUUAGCAAACCCGCUCCUCUUUGUGAAUCUGUACAGCAUCAAGCAAUGCACCAUGGAAGUGGAUCACAGAAUAUUCAACGACAACUUCAGAGAUCAAAGUCAGCCAGCGGGUCAGAGGCUGAGGAAGUUCCGCAGCAGCAACCUGCCCUGUCUGCCACACAACAGCAGGCUACAGCGAACCACCCACAGUCCCCUGUAA